AGGGAGGAGAGAGUGGGAGGAGGCGAGUGCAUCGACUGCUGGAGAGGGCGGCGGUCCUUGCCUCACCUGUCCGGCACCUGCCUCACCUGGCCCUCACCUGGCCGAGUUCCUGUCUCACCUGGCCGAGUCCCUGCCUCACCUGCCCGGUUCUUGUCGGCACCGGGCGGGGAGCGAGCGAGGCGGUAGCGGAGCCGGGACCAGGUGUGUCCCAGGUGAGCGAGUACCCGGUCCGAUGGCCGAGAGCCGCUGCCCCUCGCAGCCGCUGGUCUUCCUUGCCCUCUUCUACCUGUGCUACCUGUUGCUGGGGGCGCUCACCGUGUCGCUGGUGGAGCGGCCUCAUGAGCGCCGGCUCCACCUGGAGCUGCAGGUCCUCAAGAGCCGCCUGUUGAACGGCAGCCGCUGCCUGAGCGAGGCCGAGCUGGAACACUUCCUCUCCCGGGUGCUGAGAGCCGAUGGCUACGGUGUCUCGGUCCUCAGCAACGCCAGCCACCACACAAACUGGGACUUCGCCUCUUCAUUCUUCUUCGCCAGCACUUUAGUCACCACAGUCGGGUACGGCCACACCACGCCCUUGUCCAAUGGGGGCAAAGCCUUCUCCAUCAUCUUUGCCCUGGUGGGAGUCCCGCUGACCAUGCUGUUUCUCACCGUGCUGGUCCAGCGGCUGAUGGUGUACGUGACCACUCGGCCCAUCGACCUGUGCCAGCAGAGGCUGGGCUACAGCAGGCGGCAGGUGACCGCGGUCCACCUGCUCACCAUGGGGCUGGUGGUGCUCCUCACCUUCUUCAUCGUUCCGUCCGCCAUCUUCAGCGCCAUCGAGCACGACUGGACCUUCCUCGACGCCUUCUACUUCUGCUUCAUCUCCCUCACCACCGUGGGCCUCGGGGACUUCGUGCCCGGAGAACAGAGCGGUCAGCGCCUGCGGCCACUCUACAAGCUGUCCGUCUCAUUGUUCCUGCUGUGUGGCCUGACUGUGAUGCUGCUGCUCCUCCGCACCUUCAUCCAACUGGCCGGCCUCCACGGACUGACCCAGAUGUUCGACUUGCCGCUGAGUGAGGACGAGGAGGGUCGGGAGGAGGAGGAGACGGACGAGGGGACAAUCCUGCAGGGGUCCCAGACAGACCGUACCCCCAAACCACCCAGCCUCAACGCACCCCCUUCGUACAACUCCAUCUUGCCCCCCGACAACCGAUGAUGGAGGGGGAACGUUAAAGGCACCGACCUCCUGCUGAACUAGGGGCUAGGGGGUGCAAGAGGGGUCGGGGGCCUGUUUCCUUGCUGCCCACUGCACAUAGAAGCAGGAACAGGCCACUCGGCCCCUCUAGACCUAGCCCGUCAUCCAUCUUCAUACGUGAUGGGAGCAGAAUUACUGUCGACCCU